AUGUUGGAUGAGUCUACUUCAGAAGUUCAAAUCACAGAUCCCAAUGAUCACAUGCAGUACAUGCGUCUCGCACUGGACCAGGCCGAAAAAUCACCACCAAAGCCCUCGAAUUUUCGUGUUGGAGCUCUGCUAGUUAAUGCAGACACUGGCAGCAUCUUAUCGCGUGGAUAUACUCUGGAAUGCGAGGGCAACACACACGCAGAGCAAUGCUGUCUCUUGAAGUUUGCACAAGCACAUGAUCUCCCAGAAGACCGUGUGGGAGAAGCUUUGCCACCAAAUACGGUUAUUUACACUACCAUGGAACCUUGCAACCUACGCCUGAGCGGAAAUCUUCCCUGUGCAGAUCGCAUCAUUCGCACAAAAAGCAAAGACGGAGAAGCAAGUAUCAAAAAAGUUUAUAUUGGCGUCAAAGAGCCCGAGAAAUUCGUUGGGGAAAAUCAAGGCAGGGCCAAACUUGAGGCAAAUGGGAUCGAAUGUAUACAUGUAUCUGGACUCGAGGAGCGGAUUCUUGGUGCAGCAACGGCCGGUCAUGAGAAAUGA